AUGACGGUGGGAUCCAGAGCUAAGGAGUUGAUUGACAGUUAUCCAAUGACUGCUGCCAAUUACCACAAAGCGGUGCAAGCGUUGAAAGAGAGAUUCGGACGGGAUCAUCCACAGGUGGAGGUGUAUGUACGAGAACUACUGAAGAUGGUGAUCUCUAAUGUCUGCAGCAAGGACAAAUGUGACAUCAUGAAGAUGUAUGACAAGUUGGAGUCACAUCUUCGAGCUUUGGAUUCGCUUGGAGUGACCACCGACAAGUGUGCUGCCAUGCUUUUUCCGAUUGUGGAGUCAAGUCUGCCCGAGGAAUUACUCCGUGUGUGGCAGAGGAGUGAAAUUCCGAGCAGAGUUGAUGCUGGAACCACUUCACUCACAUCUCUCAUGGAGUUCCUACGACAGGAAGUGCGCAAUGAGGAGAGGAUUUCGUUGGCACGUUCCGGAUUUGGCAUGACCAAGGACAAGAAGUCUCGAUUGAAGGAAGAUGGUGGUGGUGAUAAUUACGCAACUUCAGCAGGUCUAUUUUCUGGACAAAAGACGGAAUGUGUAUUUUGCAAAAAACCCCAUCCCACUCAAGAUUGUUUUCGAGCGAAGACGUUGUCCUACAAUGUCAAGAGGCAAAAGUUGCAGGAAAUGAGAUGCUGUUUUUCAUGCUUGAAAGUCGGACAUACUGCAAUUAAAUGUCGAAAUCAAAUGAGAUGUCAAGUCUGUCAAGAAAAACACCCAACAGUGAUGUGUCCUGGACUAUCGAUCCCAAGGACAAGACCGGAAGUAAUACCACCACAAGCUGCGAUGUCAAACCAACUUUGCCGUAAUGAUGUAUUACUGCAAACAGAACUUGUUCGAGUUAUUUGGAAGGGAACGUCACGAGUCGUCCGGCUGAUUUACGACAGUGGAAAUCAGCAAAGUUUUGUGCGGCGUGACACCAUGCAGAGGUUAGGAGUAAACAAGAUUGGAGACGAAUGGGUCAACAAUUGCUUAUUUGGAGGAAUGGUGACAGGACCAAUCAAAUACAAUAAGUACCGCAUUCAGAUAGAAAGUUUAAAUGGUCAUCAUCGAGAAUCACUGGCGGUGUUGGAUCGCGAUGAUAUCUGUGGUCUCAUCGCACGCGUUCCGAGUGGACCAUGGAUCAAAGAGUUAGCAAAUCAAGGCGUACAUUUGACUGAUUUCACUUCCGACAGUCCAGAAAUUGAGAUCCUGAUAGGCAGCGACUACUAUGGAAAAUUGAUGACCGGCAGAGUGGUGCAGUUGAACGGUGGACUCACUGCGUUCCAGUCUAUAUUUGGAUGGUCAUUGGGAGGAAAAGUACCAAAAGAUAACCUUGGUAUGACGGUUACCUCACUAUUUUUGGCAUCAAUGGACGAGUCCAAGCUGUGGGAUCUUGAUGUUAUCGGAAUGAAGGACCCCGCUGAACAUCUCACGAAAGAAGAUCGAGAUAAGGAAGUGAAUGAGCAUUUUUUGCAGUCAGUUUGUCGUGAAGAGGACGGGCGUUACUGCGUUUAUCUUCCGUGGAUGGAUGGGCGUCCUAAUAUACCGAAAGAAGACUUGUAUCUGCGACCGAGAAGAUUAUUCAGUCCGGAUACUACGACAAAAAUUGCUGAUGAUGACGAAGUAUUCUCCCACUACUUACCACACCGAGCAGUAAUCAAACCAGAAAGUAUUACAACACCUAUUCGCCCUGUAUUUGAUGCGAGUUGCAAAACGAGACGUACCCCAUCACUCAACGAGAGUUUAGAAAAAGGUCCGAAUUUGUUGGAGCAGAUUCCGGACGUGCUGCUACGGUUUCGACGUGGACAAAUUGGGGUGACUUCGGACAUCCGAAAAGCUUUUCUUCAGAUCAAAGUGACACCGGAAGAUACAAACUACCUUCGUUUUCUAUGGUGGGAGGACUGGAGUAAAAAGAAACUGAAAAUCUUUCGUCAUCUUCGUGUCGUUUUUGGGGUCAAUUGCAGCCCGUACCUUCUGGGAGCUGUGAUCGAGCAUCACUUGAAGUCCGUCACAACAGUGGAGAAAGCCGUAGCUGAACAAUUGUGGAAAUCCCUGUACGUGGACAACUGUGUCAGUACCGUUUCUUCCGAGGGUGAGUUGGAGCACUUCAAGUCUGCUGCUACAAAAAUUAUGGAGGACGCCAAGAUGGAUUUACGUAUGUGGGAGUGGAGUCAUCAGGACAAUUCUAUCACUUCAGUAUUGGGGAUGAAGUGGAACAAGGCGGAUGACACUUUAGGAUAUCAAGUAGAAGAAUGUGCACUACAACAACAAUUUACAAAAAGAGAAGUCUUGUCGUGUGCACAGAAAUUUUUCGACCCAUUAGGAUAUCUGUGUCCCGCGCUCAUCGUCCCAAAAAUUAUUCUGCAAGAAGCGUGGAGGAACAAAAUUUCUUGGGAUGAAAAUUUGGAUGAAAAUCUAUUUACCAAAUUUAAUUUGUGGAUACGUGAGGUGCGCUCAUUCCAAGAAAUAUGGAUAAAAAGAAACGCUUUUGGAGACGGAAGAGGAAAUAAGCAAAUACAUACAUUUGUGGACGCAAGCAAGUCAGCGUAUGCUGCUGUUGUAUUCCUACGAGUGGAUAAUGAUGGUGAUGUCGAUCUUCAUCUACAAGCAAGAUCAAGAGUUGCCCCCAUCAAACAAGUUUCCAUUCCGAGGUUAGAACUCCUAGCGUGUACUAUCGGAGCGAGAUUGACAACGGUUGUGAAAAAAGUCUUGUCAAUGGAGGAAGAGAAAACUUUCUUUUGGUCAAAUUCAUCUACAGCAUUAGCAUGGAUAAGGAGAGAUGACAUCUGGGGAAAGUUUGUUGGAAAUCGUGUACGCGAGAUCCUGACCCUGAGUAAGGAAGAAGAGUGGCGUCACGUUCCGGGGACACUCAACCCAGCCGAUCUGCCUUCUCGUGGAUGCAGUCCUGCCCAGUUACGAGAUUCGCGAUGGUGGGAGGGUCCACACUGGUUGAAACUGGAUGAGAAAUCUUGGCCAAUUGAAAAAUUCACCACUAAUGAAGAUGAGGUCAUGUCCGAGAAGCUGAAGAGCGUGACCGUAAACCUGUUGACUUCAUGUGCAGACGUCCCGUGGUAUUGCAAGAAAUUUUCGUCAUUCACCAGAGUUGUUAACCUCAUGGCGUGGAUCUUGAGAUUUGUGGAGAAGACGAGGAAACGAACUAAUUCAAAUGGAUCACUUACCGUGGGUGAAUUAGAAAAUGCAGAAAAUAAAUUGUUAAGUCUGGUGCAAAGUGAAAGUUUCAAACGUGGCGAGAAAACAAUCGCGAAUCUUCGUGUCGUUUGGGAUGAUGCUGACUGA